AUGGAUCCAAUGGGGUUUGGUAGGAAAGCAAAAGCGAUCGAUAUAUCGUCAAACUUGCACAACAAGGUCACCAAGACGUAUGCCGCAAAAGCCCUACGUGAAUUACAUCAGAACAAAGAGGUUGAAGGACGGGUAGCUGGAAAACAAACCGUUUACCAUGUUCCGCAGGAUUCAUCCGAUGAAGCCACGACCGGAGUCAUAGCGAACCUAGACGAGGAAAUCAAGCAAUUGGAAGAGAAACUUGCAACCCUGAAGACUGAUGAGAAGAACGCGCGAGCUGAGCUGGCUACUCUUCGCUCCAAACCUUUGCUUUCCGAACUCCGACAGGAUAUCGACCGACUCGAGACAGAGAAGGAAUCAAUGCUUGCACGACUGGACGAAUUUCACGGGCGUGACUCGUCGGUGCAGGUAUCACCGGAGGAACGAGCUGAAGUUGAGCGAGAAUGGAAACGUUGGCAGAGACAGGUCAAUGUGCGUCGCCGUAUCUGCCGUGAUAUGUGGAUGAAAUGCUCGGAGGUUGUGCCUGAAGGCAUGACUCGUGAGGAGCUAUGGGAAUCCUUGGGACUCGAGGGUGAUUGCAAAUGA